CAACCCUGAUAUGAUUUUCGUCCCUCUCCUUCUCCGUGUUGUUGUUCUCGGUGACGCGACGGAGGUGUAGCCUGACGCGGUCUCUUACGUGUCGGUCUGAAUAAAAGUGGAGCUCCGAGGGCCCGGGAGUGACGAAGGGAGUCUGUAUCGCUAAACCAAUGACCAUGGAGUCGGCAGCAGAGGCUCAGCAGGGGGUGGAGACUGCUGUGUCUGAGACUGGUCAGCAGAUUGCCCAGACCCAGAUUGCUACCCUGACACAGGAUUACUUGUCUGCCUUGCAGGUGUCCAUGGCAGCCGGUCACGCCACAUCCAGCGGUCCCACGGUAACGCUGGUGCAGCUGCCUAACGGCCAAACGGUGCAGGUGCAUGGGGUCAUUCAGGCCGCCCAGCCCUCCGUCAUCCAGUCACCACAAGUGCAGACUGUCCAGAUCUCCACCAUUGCAGAGAGCGAGGACUCCCAGGAGUCGGUGGACAGUGUUACGGAUUCUCAAAAACGCAGAGAGAUUCUGUCACGACGCCCUUCAUAUAGGAAGAUCCUGAACGAUCUCUCGUCAGAUGCCCCGGGUGUGCCCAGAAUUGAGGAGGAAAAGUCCGAGGAGGACACAGUUGCGCCUUCCAUCACCACGGUUACUAUGCCCACGCCUAUCUAUCAGACCAGCAGUGGCCAAUACAUCGCCAUCACCCAGGGCGGGGCUAUCCAGCUGGCCAAUAACGGCACAGAUGGGGUGCAGGGGCUCCAGACCCUGACCAUGACCAACGCUGCAGGAGGCCAGACCGGCACCACCAUCCUGCAGUACGCCCAGACCAGCGAUGGGCAGCAGAUCCUGGUGCCCAGUAACCAAGUGGUGGUGCAAGCUGCUUCAGGAGACAUGCAGGCCUACCAGAUCCGUGCGGCGCCCGCCAGCACCAUCGCCCCCGGUGUGGUCAUGGCCUCCUCCCCCGCCCUGCCCAGCCAGGGGGGCACAGAGGAGGUCACCCGCAAGAGGGAAGUCCGCCUCAUGAAGAACAGGGAGGCAGCUCGGGAGUGUCGCAGGAAGAAGAAGGAGUACGUCAAGUGUCUGGAGAACCGAGUGGCUGUUCUGGAGAACCAGAACAAAACCCUCAUUGAGGAACUCAAAGCACUUAAAGACCUGUAUUGUCAUAAGACUGAGUAGGGACUCCAGUCCACCCCCUCCCGUUGUCAUCUGCCUGCCUGUACAGAACUCUGCCAUGUGCUGGCCUCCGGGCAUGAACACUACACGUUUUAUACGUCUUUUAAAUGCUGUAAACUGCCAACCACGGAGAAUGGCUUGUGUACGUCGACCAGAAUACAGUAUGUGGCCAAUGCCUAGUUAUCUACAGAGUGGGUCGUGUCUUUUCGGAGAAGAAGAUUAAAGAAGACUUUCUUUCUUAUUUCUCCUCACCAGACAUCGUUCAGUCAGUGGGCUGUCCAUCGGAAAGUCUUCUAUCAAAUGUUGUCUCAAAUGUGACUGUAUUAAAGAAGUGGACGAUGGCGGUCAUGGGUGUCAGCUCAAGAUGAUGUCACAAGAGCACCUUGGUACUGAAGGGAGAAGGUCAGUGGGAUUGUUUUAGACUACCUGGUACAUCACUUACUCUUGCCAAGGUCAAGAUGCUGUACGAGACAGACCUAUCUUCCAUUUGAAGAGUCUUCAGUUUUUCUUCAGUGUGAUAGAUAUAGAGAGUAAAGGAGGAAUGACGUGAUGUGUUUGUGAUAUGAUCAACAAAAAAAGAAAUACCAUAUUGUAUUAUAUAUAUUGAUUUAGUUUUUUUGUUUAAAGUAAUAGUACAUGGAGAUUAUAGCAUGUGUAGAUCUUGCUAUGACGUCUAUCGAUUUGAUAAGAAAAGUGUUAUAAUAUAAAAACGUAUAUAUUUUUGCAUUUGUUUUAUAUACUGUAAGGCAAUACAUUAACUAAACCUAUUACUUUAAUAUCUACCAGUCCUUGGCAUAAUCUUGGCAGCUAUUUAAAAAAUGCCUGUUAUAAAAUACAUGCUCUCUUUAUUUUAUUUUCCCAAAUUACAUUGGAUCUCUGUUGAAGCAGCAAGUGAACAGCAAUCCUGUUGGGAGCUAAUGCUACUCACAUGAUAUACCAGUUCAAUUACUGCCUGCCGUGGUUUCAUUUAGUUGUAAAUGUCUGAGUAAUAGAUGUUCUGCAGACACCCCCGUCCUCUGUUAUGGAGUCAGAGCCCUACAGUGGUUGUAAAAGCCUUCACAAGACAGGUACAAGAACUGGACAGGUUCUAUAUUGCUGAGGCCUUUAGGGGAUAUUUUACAACUUCUUUUAUGUUUUUCUGGGAUUAAAAACUGAAAAGGCUGAUGUUUAUUUGUUCAGUAUGAAAUGAUAUGGUGUACUAGACAGUCAAUGAAUUUGUCUAUGUAUUUUAAAACAUGGAUGCCACACUGCAGGGUUUCUCCAAUAGCUAAAUCAAUAAGAUGAACUUCUUAAAGUUAUACACGUGUAUGACGACCCAUAUAAUUUGCUAAGAAAGCAUUACUUUACACACAGUUUCACUGCUUGCUUGGUUUAUUAUUUCACAUUAAAGAACUGUUUCAAAUGUACAGCAGUCAUGAAUGAAUGGGAGGGAUUUGUGUGAUCAGACCAGUCAAAGGCAGCCCACAUUCAGCCAAGGUUUAGCUGUGGUUCGGUCUUUGCUGUAGCAUUGAGCAGUGCUGUGGGAGGUUCGCCCUCCGUGACCCCGCUCUUGCGUUACACACAGACGUUUUGACAAGUCAUUUGUGCAGCUGAAUUCAAGCAUGACAAGUUGCAGAGGUAAUCUCUUUGCAGAGCUUUUUCGUGAGGAGAUUAUACCUUCUUGCUGAGAGGAUGCAAUUUGACACAGCACACCUUGAGCCUCGCCAGUUUCAGGGAAAGCAAUUUUUCUUUGACAGAAGAAGUCAUAAAUCUAAGCAGAGCAUGUCAAUGACCUGAACAACUUUAUAUGGGCUGGAUCAACCUCUGUUCCUUUGACACUCACAGAUGUUGGCUAUUGGGUCAAAGGUCAUUGUGGUUGAAAUGUUAUUGUUCUCAGCUUGUUUAUUCAGCUUUACUAGCAGAACUUAGUAAAUCUAUUCACCAAGUGGUGUGGGUUGUGUACCAUUGUGAGAUAAAUGUAUACAAUAAAUAUAAAAUCUGGCUUCACCUCUUGCACGAAAAACACGUUAAUUUGAUGAAGCUGGUGUCAAAGCAAAGUUU